CUAAUUAUAAUUCAAUCCACCAACCACAACAACUGCAAACCUAAAAAAAUAAUUCAAUCUCAACAAAUUUCAAUUGAUCUGUAAAAAAAUAUUGUUUAACCGAUUCUCAUACGUAUUUAUUCUAUGCAUUGAAAAAGUUUAUUUGUUUGGUUUAACUGUGUAAUAUAUUAUUCAUAAUUUGUGUUAAAUAGUGUAAAUUUUUGUAAAAAAAAGAGGAAAAAAAACCCGCAAACAAAAUCAAACAUGCAGAUAAUUUUUUUGAGUGUUUAAAAAAAAAUUAAAGAGAAUACGACGAAUGUAAUUAAAUCUCUUGAAUCGCUGUAAAUCAAUAUUAAAUAUUAAGAAAGAGCAAAGUGUGGUUUCUAUGCAUGUUUAAACAACAACACAUUCAACUACGAUAAACAACAAGAGAAAAUUGUGUAUAAAAACCAAAGCAACAAUAAUAUAAACGGAUUUAGAUUUGUGCAUAAUUUUCAACGUAAUUGCACCACUGUGCACUGUGACGUGCUCGUAAUUAUUUUAAACUGUAACCGUAACGUAAGCGCGACGUAAUCCGUAACGUAUCGUCGUCAGUUGCUUUUAAACUGUUAUACUCGUCCCGUGCCGUCGAAAAUUCGUUUCGUUUUUCGCCGUUUAUUUCUAUUGUUUUUUUUUUUUUUUUGCAAUACGCGCCAAUUGAUCAGCUGAGUAGCAAAAAGCCGCCAAAAUUGAGCUGUUAAGCGCGCCCACGAUCUCGAUAUCGACGGUAGCGCCACCAACGUCGCCAUCGCCGCAGCAUCACCUGCAACAGCAUCAGCAUCAGCAGCAGCAUCAGCAGCAGCAUCAACAGGCUCCAUAUCCUCAGCAGCAACAUUACGGACCACCGCCUCUGCCGCCACCGCCCUCGCCAUACUUUCAACAUUUGCAACAACAACAGCAGCAACAACAACAGCAGCAGCAGCAACAACAGCAGUUACAACACAUGAAGUUUCUGGGCGGCAAUGAUGAUCGCAACGGACGCGGCGGCGUCGGCGUUGGCAGUGACGCCAUCGUUGUAGGUGGCGGGACGCGUAGUGGCAACAAUGUUGUUGCCUCCUCGCAGGAUGUGGAUGCAGCAAGCGCAGCAGCAGCCGCCGCUGCCGUUGGCUAUGUAUUCCAGCAGCGUCCAUCUCCGGGUGCCGGUGUCGGUGGCGUUGGACCCGUUGGCUCCACACUUCAUGACGCCGCAGCAGCUGAAUAUGCCGCACACUUUGCCCAGAAGCAGCAGCAGACACGCUGGGCCUGCGGCGACGAACACGGCAUCGAUAAUCCGGAUAAAUGGAAAUACAAUCCGCCAAUGAAUCCUGCUAAUGCAGCACCUGGAGCACCGCCUGGCAAUGGCAACAACGGCGGACCUGGAGCAAUUGGCACCAUUGGCAUGGGCGCCGGCAGCGGUCUCGGCGGCAUGGGCAAUGUUGGAACAGGCAGCGGCACCAACGGCGGACUGCAUCAUCCAUCGAUGGCAGCUGCCGCAGCCAAUAUGGCGGCCAUGCAACAGGCGGCCGCUGUGGCUAAACACAAUCACAUGAUGUCACAGGCAGCCGCCGCAGUUGUUGCCCAGCAGCAGCAGCAGCAGCAUUCCCAGCAACAAAAUGCCCAAGGACCGCCGCAACAUCUUAUGGGUGGUGGCAAUGGAUUGGGUAAUGGCAAUGGUCUGGGCGGCUUGAGCCAGCAGCAUCCCAGCCAGCAGCAGCAGCAACAACAGCAGCAUCAAAAUCAGCAACAGGCGCAACAGCAGCAGCAGCAACAGCAACAACAACAAGGCCAAGGUCAGACACAUCCCGGCCAGCAUCAGUACAAUUCGAAUCUGCUUAGUCAUGUUAUGAACAACCAAGUGGCCGCUGCUGUUGCCGCCGGUGCUGCUUUGGGCCACAUGCCACCGUAUGCACAGUCAGCUGCAACAAACAACAUGUACGAUCACCAUUCAGGUGCAAUGCAUCCAGGAAUGAAUGGUGGCAUGCCAAAGCCACCGCCACCAUUGGGACCGCCCGGCGGACCACAGGAUUUUGUCUAUAUGGGCGGACAGCCACACGCCGCCGCUGCCGUGAUGGGAGCAGCUCUAAUGCCGCCACAGAAUCAAUAUAUGAACAACUCAGCAGCAGCUGCAGCCGCUGCCGCUGCCGCCGCCAAUCGGAAUGCAGCGAUUACAACAUCGACUGCCAAGAAAUUGUGGGAGAAAUCUGAUGGCAAAAGUGGCGCAUCUAGUACACCAGGCGGUACAUUGUAUCCUAUGCAAAUACCUGGCGUUGGUGAUCAUUCGUCAGUGUGGAAGGAUCAUACCUGGUCCACACAGGGUGAGAAUAUAUUGGCACCGCCCAGGCCACGAGGGUUUCCACAUGGCGGGGCCUCCGAUACGUCAAACAGCAACAAUGCGGGCAUCUUAAGUCCCCGUGACUCGACUUGCGUUAAGAAUUGCGUUGAAUAUGUUUUGAGCAGCUCACCCACCAACAAGGAAAGUCCACUAUCUGGCUUGGAGCCGCGUCUGCGUAACUUGAAGUUUGACGAUAAUGAUAAGUCACAUGAUGAUAAGGAAAAGGCAAAUUCUCCGUUUGACACAAAUGGCUUAAAGAAGGACGACCAGGUCACAAAUACAAAUGGUGUUGUUGUCAAUGGCAUUGACGAUGACAAGGGAUUCAAUCGCACUCCCGGUUCCCGUCAACCGUCGCCCGCUGAAGAGACCUUGCCACGCCCACCAACAAUAUUGGACCCAUCACAACAUGGCGGCUUCCCACAAAUGCCCCACUUCAAUCACAUGCUCAUGGAUCACGGACAGGGUCAUGGUAUGGGAGGUGCCAGUUCUUUGGGCGGUAAUAAUUCGGGUGGCGCCGCUGCCGCCUAUGCGCAUCAACAGAUGGCAGCGCAGAUGAGUCAAUUGCAACAACCGAUGUUAAAUGGAGUUGGUGCUGGAAUGCCAAUGGCGGCACAGUCACCGAUGUUGAAUCAUCAGGCUUCAGUUGGACCCAAUCAUAUGGAAUCUCCAGGCAAUCUAUUGCAGCAACAGCAGCAAAAUUUUGAUGUACAGCUUUCAGGGACAUACGCUUCAUGCGCCGCGUGUGAAAACUUUGUUCAUUUUGCUGUGAAAAACUGA